AUGGCUCACCAAGACGCAUCAUCCAAUUCAAUUCAAACCCAAGAUGCGGGCUUCCCAGACCCAGCAGAAUACAUCAAUGACCCUCGCUUCCAUCAGACCUUCACCCUCCCGACAAGCCCGUCCCGGUCGCAAGAGUUCAAAGUGACGUACAGCGACUAUGGCUACCGCAACCCAGAUCAUCCGGAGCGCGAGCGAGUCCUUCUCCUCUGCGGCCCCCUGCUAGGCAGUCGGUAUCUCCACAUCGCCAAGGACACCCUCGCCAAGAAAUACUGCGUCCGCAUAGUCGACGUCGACCGGCCGGGCUUCGGCGGCACCACCGCCGUCCCCAGCCCCGGCGACCGCGUACAGGCCUGGCUCGAGCUCGUACCUGCGCUACUCUCGCACCUUGGCAUCCGCCACGGCGUCUCCCUGGCGGCGCACAGCGGCGGCGCCGUCUACGCUCUCAACUUUCUGCUCUACCUGGGCCAUCUGCUCUCCCCUGCUCGCCCAUACGUCGCGCUCUGCGCGCCAUGGAUACACCCUUCGCAUUCUGGCGCGUCGCUCAUGACGCUCGCGAGCGGGUUGCCCGAGGGAAUGGUCGGCGCGUUCGACAAGGUCGCCGGCUUCUUCAACCGUAAUCUCGCCCCCGUGACGGGGUUCAGCGGUGCCGCGAGCGAUGCCAUCAGCGGGUUGAUCCCUAGCUUGCAGGGCAAGAGCCUGUAUAUCGCGCCUGGAGUUGAUGCCAAGCUGGCUGAGUUUGAGGAGAAGCUUUGGGGGCCUCUUAUUGCGAAGGUGUAUUCCGAGAAUACGCAGGGGCUGGGGCAGGAUGCGGUUUUGCUGUUGAAGAGGCAGGGGCACGAUGACUUUUGGGGGGAAUGGAGGGAUUACGACAAGUAUGUCCCUUUGUUAGCGGAAAAGGAGAGGAGUUUGAGAUCUGGUGGCGUGAAGCUGCGCGUGGACGUCUUCUUUUCCGAGUCGGACUCCAUGAUUGGGACUGGCAAUGGACCGAAGUGGUUUGAUCACUGCUGGAGAGAAGAGCAGCGGGGGGGCGGGAUCGACUAUACCAGCUGUGUGAUCCCGAAAGCAGAGCAUGAUACCAUUGUGAGCUUGAGAUUCGGCAUUUUGGAGCGAAUCUUUCGGGAGAUCGCUGGAGAGAAUGAGGUUGGAUCAGAAGCUGCAACACCUUCUGUUUCUGCGGAGCAGCCUACUCAUUUGAGGGGGGUUGUUGCUUAA